UCUCUCUUCAACCUCUCACCAAACAAAAAGGCCUCCUCCUAAAUUUCUUCAAUACAUCUCGAUCUCUUCGCUCUCUCUAAAUCUACAAGCUCCAAACAAUACACACACACAUAUAUAUAUCUGUAUAUCUAUUUUGAUUUUCCUUAUCUCUCUACAACAUGGAUCCGCCUACUUCCUGGGACUCUUUGCGGAAACAGGCAAGGAAGCUUGAAGCUCAGUUGGAUGAGCAGAUGCAUAUGUAUCGUAAAUUAGUUUCUACGAAAGUCGAGGAUGGUUCAGAUAACGAUCUUGAAUCCGGAAUAAAUCAACUACUACAACAGCUUCAGCAAGUAAAUUUACAGAUGCAAGCUUGGCUAUCAUCGGGAGGCUCAGAAAUAUUUUCUCAUACAUUGACACGCCAUCAAGAAAUUCUUCAAGAUCUUACUCAGGAGUUUAAUCGGCUACGCUCCAGCCUUAGAGCUAAGAAAGAGCAUGCUUCACUGCUGGAGGAUUUCAGGGAGUUUGAUAGGACAAGAUUAGAUCUGGAAGAAGGUGGUGGUUCUUCUGAGCAGGCUCUCCUUAAGGAGCAUGCAUCCAUCAGCAGAAAUACAGGGCAGAUGGAUUCUGUGAUUUCUCACGCACAAGAGACCCUUAGGACACUUGUAUUUCAGCGUUCAACAUUUGGGGGUAUCAAUUCGAAGCUUAGCAAUGUCAGCAGCCGCCUUCCAACGGUAAACCAUAUACUCUCAUCAAUAAAGAAGAAAAAGUCUAUGGAUACUAUCAUCCUUUCUUUAGUUGCCUCAGUUUGCACAUUUCUCAUUUUGAUUUAUUGGUUGACCAAAUAGAAAUUAUUGCGGUUUUCUGGUGGGAGCCUCACGGCAUGUUCUUCCUCCACUGUAUUGUAUGUAAAUACCGUGUUGGUUUGUUAAUAAAUUUUGGCAUUCUUCAUGUUUAUGGUACGUUAGACAGCAUUAUAUGCACUCUGCUUCUGUAGUACAAGUUAAUGCUUCCAGCUUGGUAGAUUUAUUUCAGUUAAAAAAAUCAACAUUAUUGAA